AUGAUUGAUUUUCCAGAAUCAACUGAAUAUCUACUUAGACAGCUUGAUCCACGUAAAACAACCUGGGCAAAAGCAUUUACAAGUCGGGUUUUUACAGCAGGGAUAAUGUCUACCCAACAAUCUGAAUCAAUAAACGGUGUAAUCAAACGGACUAUAAAUGAAAGAACUUCAUAUCCUUUACAUACUGAUCAAAUGAAUGAGGCAGUAAUGUAUCGUAGCAAAAGGGUUAGUUUUGAGGAUCCAUAUAAUUUAACAUUAGAGGUUGUUAAUAAUAGGCUGAUUGAAUUUGAGUAUGAUUUCUGUCAGAUACAGUUUGACAAACUUCUUGAAGAAGUUGAUUAUUCCUUAGUUGCUGAA